AUGGAACACAUGGAAGACAUGAGGAAUGGGUGUGUCAGUGUUUCUCCAUCUUCAUCUCCACCGACACCUCCAUCACCCCUCCCCAUUAGUGUAGGACCUGGCAACCAAAAGUACUCCUUCUCCCCUUCUCCUUCACCUUCUCCACCCUUUUCACCGCCUCCUUCAAGCCACACAUCUGCUGAAAACCUCCCACUUUUGUCUAAUAAAUUAGCUACUACUACAAACGUGAAGUCUGCGUUUUCAUUGGACCUUCCGCAUCUUGAUCAAACGGAUUCUACGAGCUCAUGCCUUCAGGACUUGCUAGAAUGGUUUUUACAGAAAUGCUGCAACUGUUGUUCCAAGUCUGUCCCAAUUCAUUAUCAAAAGACCAGAGAGAUGCAGAAGUAGCAAUCCAUUCCCCAUGAGAUUUUCAGUCAUUCAUUUCUGCUAACAAGUUUGUGCAUUCCAUUUAAGUCAUGAAAUUCCACUCGAUAAAGAAAUGUAUUGGCAGAAACAAACCAUUGUAACAAAAAAAAUUUUUACAACAGCAAUUUUCACAGUUUCCAUCAUCCCAUCAUGUAUAUCAGCCUUAAAACCACUUUUUGUCCCCUAUCAAUGAAUUGAAAAGAGAAGUGGCAGUUGAUCUGGCAA